CGUUAAAUGCAGAACGCUGCUCUGGCUCAUGUGUUUGCUCCGAGGUGUAGGUUUUGUUCGACUGACGUAUCAGAUAGUCAGAGUGGUUACCACACCGACGUUGUAGCAGCUGCAUAAGAAAUGACUGAGAGAAUCAUGUUAGGCAUGCCCACCUAACCUAACUUGAAUCAUGCGAAAGGGGAGCUGUUGGAAUUCAAAUAGACUUUCUGGUUCCCAGCAGUCGGCAGUAAUAGAAUGCUUUCAGGAAGAUGACAGAAUCAGGAGAAAGAUGCUGUUUUGCACUAUCUUGAUUUGUUACAGCAGCCAACUUAUUGGCAUGAUGGAGUGACAGGAAAAAACAGCUGGCAUGGAAGAUGAAAGAGAAGAUGUUCAAAAGAAAACAUUCACAAAAUGGAUAAAUGCACAAUUUUCUAAGUAUGGGAAGCAGCAUAUAGAGAACCUCUUCAGUGACCUGCAGGAUGGGAGACGCCUCCUAGACCUCCUUGAAGGCCUGACAGGGCAAAAACUGCCAAAAGAAAAAGGAUCCACAAGAGUUCAUGCCCUGAACAAUGUCAACAAGGCACUGCGGGUCUUGCAAAACAAUAAUGUUGAUUUAGUGAAUAUUGGAAGCACUGAUAUAGUAGAUGGAAAUCAUAAACUGACUCUUGGUUUGAUUUGGAAUAUAAUCCUCCACUGGCAGGUCAAAAAUGUAAUGAAAAAUAUCAUGGCUGGAUUGCAACAAACCAACAGUGAAAAGAUUCUCCUGAGCUGGGUCCGACAAUCAACUCGUAAUUAUCCACAGGUUAAUGUCAUCAACUUCACCACCAGUUGGUCUGAUGGCCUGGCUUUGAAUGCUCUCAUCCAUAGUCAUAGGCCAGACUUGUUUGAUUGGAAUAGUGUGGUCUGCCAGCAGUCAGCCACACAACGACUGGAACAUGCAUUCAACAUUGCAAAAUAUCAAUUAGGCAUAGAAAAACUACUUGAUCCUGAAGAUGUUGCCACCACUUAUCCAGAUAAGAAGUCCAUCUUAAUGUACAUCACAUCACUCUUUCAAGUUUUGCCUCAGCAAGUGAGCAUCGAAGCCAUCCAGGAAGUGGAAAUGUUGCCAAGACCAUCUAAAGUGACUAAAGAAGAACAUUUUCAAUUACAUCAUCAAAUGCAUUAUUCUCAACAGAUCACAGUCAGUCUAGCCCAGGGCUAUGAGCGAACUCCUUCUUCUCCUAAGCCUCGGUUCAAGAGUUAUGCCUACACACAGGCUGCUUAUGUCACCACCUCUGACCCCACACGGAGCCCAUUUUCUUCACAGCAUUUGGAAGCUUCUGAAGAAAAGUCAUUUGGCAGUUCAUUGAUGGAGACUGAAGUAAACCUGGACCGUUACCAAACAGCUUUAGAAGAAGUACUCUCAUGGCUUCUUUCUGCUGAGGACACACUGCAAGCACAGGGAGAGAUUUCUAAUGAUGUAGAAGAAGUGAAAGAACAAUUUCAUACUCAUGAGGGAUACAUGAUGGAUUUGACAGCCCACCAGGGACGGGUUGGCCACAUUCUACAAUUGGGAAGUCAACUGAUUGGAACAGGGAAAUUAUCAGAAGAUGAAGAAGCUGAAGUACAAGAACAAAUGAAUCUCCUGAAUUCAAGAUGGGAAUGCCUCAGGGUAGCUAGCAUGGAAAAACAAAGCAAUUUACAUAAAGUUUUAAUGGAUCUUCAGAAUCAGAAACUAAAAGAAUUAAAUGACUGGCUAACAAAAACAGAAGAGAGAACAAGGAAAAUGGAGGAAGAGCCCCUUGGACCUGAUCUUGAAGACCUAAAACGCCAAGUACAACAACAUAAGGUGCUUCAAGAAGAUCUAGAACAAGAACAAGUCAGGGUCAAUUCUCUCACUCACAUGGUGGUGGUAGUUGACGAAUCAAGUGGAGAUCAUGCAACUGCUGCUUUGGAAGAACAACUUAAGGUAUUGGGAGACCGAUGGGCAAACAUCUGUAGGUGGACAGAAGACCGCUGGGUUCUCUUACAAGACAUCCUUCUCAAAUGGCAGCGUUUUACUGAAGAACAGUGCCUUUUUAGUUCGUGGCUUUCAGAAAAAGAAGAUGCAUUGAACAAGAUUCCCACUACUGGCUUUAAGGAUCAAAAUGAAAUGUUAUCAAGUCUUCAAAAACUGGCUAUUUUGAAAGCAGAUCUGGAAAGGAAAAAGCAAAGCAUCGACAAACUCCGUUCACUCAACCAAGAUCUUCUUUCAACACUGAAAAAUAAGUCAGUGACCCAAAAGAUGGAAGCUUGGCUGGAAAACUUUGCCCAGAGUUGGGAUAAUUUAUCCCAAAAGCUUGAAAAGAGUUCAGCACAGAUUUCACAGGCUGUCACCACCACUCAGCCAUCACUAACACAGACAACUCUAAUGGAAACGGUAACUAUGGUGACCACAAGGGAACAAAUCCUGGUAAAGCAUGCCCAAGAGGAACUUCCACCACCACCUCCCCAAAAGAAGAGGCAGAUUACUGUGGAUUCUGAAAUUAGGAAACGGUUGGAUGUUGAUAUAACUGAACUUCACAGUUGGAUUACUCGCUCAGAAGCUGUGUUGCAGAGUCCUGAAUUUGCAAUCUAUCGAAAGGAAGGCAACUUCUCAGACCUUAAAGAAAAAGUUAAUGCCAUAGAGCGAGAAAAAGCCGAGAAGUUCAGAAAACUGCAAGAUGCCAGCAGAUCAGCUCAGGCCCUGGUGGAACAGAUGGUGAAUGAGGGUGUUAACGCUGACAGCAUCAAACAAGCCUCAGAACAACUGAACAGCCGGUGGAUCGAGUUCUGCCAGUUGCUAAGUGAGAGACUUAACUGGCUGGAGUAUCAGAACAACAUCAUCACUUUCUAUAAUCAGCUACAACAAUUGGAGCAGAUGACAACUACUGCUGAAAACUGGUUGAAAAUCCAACCCACCACCACAUCAGAGCCAACAGCAAUUAAAAGUCAGUUAAAAAUUUGUAAGGAUGAAGUCAACCGGCUGUCAGUUCUUCAGCCUCAAAUCGAACGAUUAAAAAUUCAAAGCAUAACCCUGAAAGAAAAAGGACAAGGGCCCAUGUUCCUGGAUGCAGACUUUGUGGCCUUUACAAAUCAUUUUAACCAAGUUUAUUCUGAUGUGCAGGCCAGAGAGAAAGAGCUACAGACAAUUUUUGAUGCGUUGCCACCCAUGCGCUAUCAGGAGACAAUGAGUACUAUCCGGACGUGGAUCCAGCAGUCAGAAACCAAACUUUCUAGACCUCAGCUUAGUGUCACUGACUAUGAAAUCAUGGAGCAGAGACUUGGCGAGUUACAGGCUUUACAAAGUUCUCUGCAAGAACAAGAAAGUGGCCUAAACUAUCUCAGCACCACUGUGAAAGAGAUGUCAAAGAAAGCUCCCUCUGAAUUUAGCCAGAAAUACCAUUCAGAAUUUGAAGAGAUUGAGGGACGCUGGAAGAAGCUCUCCUCCCAGCUGGCUGAACGCAGUCAAAAGCUAGAGGAGCAAAUGAAUAAACUUCGAAAAAUUCAGAAUCACAUAAAAACCUUGAGGAAAUGGAUGGCUGAAGUUGAUGUUUUUCUGAAGGAAGAAUGGCCUGCCCUUGGGGAUUCAGAAAUUCUAAAAAAACAGUUGAAACAGUGCAGGCUUUUAGUCAAUGAUAUUCAGACAAUUCAGCCCAGUCUAAACAGUGUCAAUGAAGGUGGACAGAAGAUAAAGAAUGAAGCAGAGCCAGAGUUUGCUUCCAGACUUGAAACAGAACUCAGAGAACUUAAUAUUCAGUGGGAUCACAUGUGCCGACAGGUCUAUGCCAGAAAGGAAGCCUUAAAGGCAGGUUUGGAUAAAACUGUAAGUCUUCAGAAAGAUCUAUCAGAGAUGCAUGAAUGGAUGACUCAAGCUGAAGAAGAAUAUCUUGAGAGAGAUUUUGAAUAUAAAACUCCAGAUGAAUUACAGAAAGCAGUUGAAGAGAUGAAGAGAGCUAAAGAAGAAGCCCAACAAAAAGAAGCAAAAGUGAAACUGCUUACUGAGUCUGUAAAUAGUGUCAUAGCUCAAGCUCCACCUGUAGCACAAGAGGCCUUAAAAAAGGAACUUGACACUCUAACCACCAACUACCAGUGGCUCUGCACUAGGCUGAAUGGCAAAUGCAAGACUUUGGAAGAAGUUUGGGCAUGUUGGCAUGAAUUACUGUCAUACUUGGAGAAGGCAAACAAGUGGCUAAAUGAAGUAGAAAUGAAACUUAAAACCACUGAAAAUGUUCCUGCUGGAGCUGAGGAAAUCUCUGAGGUGCUAGAUUCACUUGAAAAUUUGAUGCAACAUUCAGAGGAUAACCCAAAUCAGAUUCGAAUAUUGGCACAGACCCUAACAGAUGGUGGAGUCAUGGAUGAACUGAUCAAUGAGGAACUUGAGACGUUUAAUUCUCGUUGGAGGGAACUACAUGAAGAGGCCGUGAGGAGGCAAAAGUUGCUUGAACAGAGUAUCCAGUCUGCCCAGGAGAUGGAAAAAUCCUUACACUUAAUUCAAGAGUCCCUCACAUUCAUUGACAAGCAGUUGGCAGCUUAUAUUGCCGACAAAGUGGACGCAGCUCAAAUGCCUCAGGAAGCCCAGAAAAUCCAAUCGGAUUUGACAAGUCAUGAGAUCAGUUUAGAAGAAAUGAAGAAACACAACCAGGGGAAGGAGGCUGCCCAAAGGGUCCUAUCCCAAAUUGAUGUUGCACAGAAAAAAUUGCAAGAUGUCUCCAUGAAGUUUCGAUUAUUCCAGAAACCAGCUAAUUUUGAGCAGCGGCUACAAGAAAGUAAGAUGAUUUUAGACGAAGUGAAGAUGCACUUGCCUGCGUUGGAAACAAAAAGUGUUGAACAGGAAGUAGUACAGUCACAGUUAAAUCAUUGUGUGAACUUGUAUAAAAGUCUAAGUGAAGUGAAGUCUGAAGUGGAAAUGGUGAUAAAAACUGGACGUCAGAUUGUACAGAAGAAACAGACAGAAAAUCCCAAAGAGCUUGAUGAAAGAGUAACAGCUUUGAAAUUGCAUUAUAAUGAGCUGGGAGCGAAGGUAACAGAAAGGAAGCAACAGUUGGAGAAAUGCUUGAAAUUGUCCCGUAAGAUGCGAAAGGAAAUGAAUGCCUUGACAGAAUGGCUGGCAGCUACAGAUAUGGAAUUGACAAAGAGAUCAGCAGUUGAAGGAAUGCCUAGUAAUUUGGAUUCUGAAGUUGCCUGGGGAAAGGCUACUCAGAAAGAGAUUGAGAAACAGAAGGUUCACCUGAAGAGUGUCACAGAGCUAGGGGAGGCCUUAAAAACGGUUCUGGGUAAGAAGGAGACCUUGGUGGAAGAUAAACUCAGUCUUCUGAAUAGUAACUGGAUAGCUGUCACUUCCCGAGCAGAAGAGUGGUUAAACCUUUUGUUGGAAUACCAGAAACACAUGGAAACCUUUGAUCAGAAUGUGAAUCACAUCACAAAGUGGAUCAUUCAGGCUGAUACACUUUUGGAUGAAUCUGAAAAAAAGAAACCUCAGCAAAAAGAAGAUGUUCUUAAGCAUUUAAAGGCUGAACUGAAUGACAUACGCCCAAAAGUGGACUCUACACGUGACCAAGCAGCAAACUUGAUGGCAAACCGUGGAGAACACUGCAGGAAAGUAGUAGAGCCCCAAAUCUCAGAGCUCAACCAUCGAUUUGCAGCUAUUUCUCACAGAAUUAAGACUGGAAAGGCCUCCAUUCCUUUGAAGGAAUUGGAGCAGUUUAACUCAGAUAUACAAAAAUUGCUUGAACCACUGGAGGCUGAAAUUCAGCAGGGGGUGAAUCUGAAAGAGGAAGACUUCAAUAAAGAUAUGAAUGAAGACAAUGAGGGUACUGUAAAAGAAUUGUUGCAAAGAGGAGACAACUUACAACAAAGAAUCACAGAUGAGAGAAAGCGAGAGGAAAUAAAGAUAAAACAGCAGCUGUUACAGACAAAACAUAAUGCUCUCAAGGAUUUGAGGUCUCAAAGAAGAAAAAAGGCUCUAGAAAUUUCUCAUCAGUGGUAUCAGUACAAGAGGCAGGCUGAUGAUCUCCUGAAAUGCUUGGAUGACAUUGAAAAAAAAUUAGCCAGCCUACCUGAACCCAGAGAUGAAAGGAAAAUAAAGGAAAUUGAUCGUGAAUUGCAGAAGAAGAAAGAGGAGCUGAAUGCAGUGCGUAGGCAAGCUGAGGGCUUGUCUGAUGAUGGGGCCGCAAUGGCAGUGGAGCCAACUCAGAUCCAGCUCAGCAAGCGCUGGCGGGAAAUUGAGAGCAAAUUUGCUCAGUUUCGAAGACUCAACUUUGCACAAAUUCAUACUGUUCGUGAAGAAACGAUGGUAGCAAUGACUGAAGACAUGCCUUUGGAAAUUUCUUAUGUGCCUUCUACUUAUCUGACUGAGAUCACUCAUGUCUCACAAGCUCUAUCAGAAGUGGAACAACUUCUCAAUGCUCCUGACUUCUGUGCUAAAGAUUUUGAAGAUCUUUUUAAACAAGAGGAGUCGCUGAAGAAUAUAAAAGACAAUCUGCAACAAAUCUCAGGUCGGAUCGACGUUAUUCACAACAAGAAGACAGGAGCAUUGCAAAGUGCCACACCUGUGGAAAGGGCGAAGCUACAAGAAGCUCUCUCACAGCUUGAUUUCCAAUGGGAUAAAGUUAACAAAAUGUACAAGGACCGACAAGGGCAAUUUGACAGAUCUGUUGAAAAAUGGCGACGUUUUCAUUACGAUAUGAAGAUAUUUAAUCAAUGGCUAACAGAAGCUGAACAGUUUCUCAAAAAGACACAAAUUCCUGAGAAUUGGGAACAUGCUAAAUACAAAUGGUAUCUUAAGGAACUCCAGGAUGGCAUCAGGCAGCGGCAAACGGUUGUCAGAACAUUGAAUGCAACUGGGGAAGAAAUAAUUCAGCAGUCCUCAAAAACAGAUGCCAAUAUUCUACAGGAAAAAUUGGGAAGCCUGAAUCUGAGGUGGCAGGAGGUCUGCAAACAGCUGGCAGAAAGAAAAAAGAGGCUAGAAGAACAAAAGAAUAUCUUGUCAGAAUUUCAAAGAGAUUUAAAUGAAUUUAUUUUAUGGUUGGAGGAAGCAGAUAACGUUACUAGCAUUCCACUUGAACCUGGAAAUGAGCAACAGCUAAAAGAAAAGCUUGAACAAGUCAAGUUACUGGUGGAAGAGUUGCCCCUGCGCCAGGGAAUUCUAAAACAAUUAAAUGAAACUGGAGGAACAGCACUUGUAAGUGCUCCCAUAAGCCCAGAAGAGCAGGAUAAACUUCAAAAUAAGCUCAAGCACACAAAUCUCCAGUGGAUAAAGGUUUCUAGGACUUUACCUGAGAAACAAGGAGAAAUUGAAGCUCACAUAAAAGACCUUGGGCAGCUUGAGAAAAAGCUUGAAGACCUUGAUGAGCAGUUAAAUCAUCUGCUUCUGUGGCUGUCUCCUAUUAGGAAUCAGUUGGAAAUUUACAACCAACCAAAUCAAACAGGACCAUUUGACAUUAAGGAAAUUGAAGCAGCAGUUCGAGCUAAACAACCGGAUGUGGAAGGGAUUUUGUCUAAAGGGCAGCAUUUGUACAAGGAAAAACCAGCCACUCAGCCAGUGAAGAGGAAGUUAGAAGAUCUGAGCUCUGAGUGGAAGGCGGUAAACCAUUUACUUCAAGAGCUGAGGGCAAAGCGGCCUGACCUAGCUCCUGGACUGCCCACUAUUGGAGCCUCUCCUAGUCAGACUGUUACUCUGGUGACACAACCUGUGGUUGCCAAGGAAACUGCCAUCACCAAACUAGAAAUGCCAUCUUCCUUGCUGUUGGAGGUACCAGCUCUGGCAGAUUUCAACCGGGCUUGGAUAGACCUUACCGACUGGCUUUCUCUGCUUGAUCGAGUCAUAAAAUCACAGAGAGUGAUGGUGGGUGACCUUGAAGAUAUCAACGAGAUGAUCAUCAAGCAGAAGGCAACGCUGCAGGAUUUGGAACAGAGGCGCCCCCAGUUGGAAGAACUUAUUACUGCUGCCCAGAAUUUGAAAAACAAAACCAGCAAUCAAGAUGCUAGAACAAUCAUUACGGAUAGAAUUGAAAUAAUUCAAAAUCAGUGGGAUGAAGUACAGGAACACCUUCAGAACCGGAGGCAACAGUUGAAUGAAAUGUUAAAGGAUUCAACACAAUGGCUAGAAGCUAAGGAAGAAGCUGAGCAAGUCUUAGGACAGGCCAGAGCCAAGCUUGAGUCAUGGAAGGAGGGUCCCUACACAAUGGAUGCAGUCCAAGAGAAAAUCACAGAAACUAAGCAAUUGGCCAAAGACCUCCGCCAGUGGCAGAUAAAUGUAGAUGUGGCAAAUGACUUGGCCCAGAAACUUCUCCGGGAUUAUUCUACAGAUGAUACCAGAAAAGUAAACAUGAUAACAGAGAACAUCAAUGCGUCUUGGGGAAGCAUCCAUAAAAGAGUGAAUGAGCGAGAGGCUGCUUUGGAAGAAACUCAUAGAUUACUGCAACAGUUCCCCCUGGACCUGGAGAAGUUUCUUGCCUGGCUUACAGAAGCUGAAACAACUGCCAAUGUCCUACAGGAUGCUACCCAUAAGGAGAGACUUCUAGAAGACUCCAAGGGAGUAAGAGAGCUGAUGAAACAAUGGAAAGACCUCCAAGGAGAAAUUGAAGCUCACACGGAUAUCUAUCACAACCUGGAUGAAAAUGGCCAAAAAAUCCUGAGAUCUCUAGAAGGUUCUGACGAUGCAGUCCUGUUACAAAGACGUUUGGAUAACAUGAACUUCAAGUGGAGUGAGCUUCGGAAAAAGUCUCUCAACAUUAGGUCCCAUUUGGAAGCCAGUUCUGACCAGUGGAAGCGUCUGCACCUUUCUCUUCAGGAACUUCUAGUGUGGCUACAGCUGAAAGAUGAUGAAUUAAGCCGGCAGGCACCUAUUGGAGGCGAUUUUCCAGCAGUUCAGAAGCAGAAUGAUGUACACAGGGCCUUCAGGAGGGAAUUGAAAACUAAAGAACCUGUAAUCAUGAGUACUCUUGAGACUGUACGGAUAUUUCUGACAGAGCAGCCUUUGGAAGGACUAGAGAAACUCUACCAGGAGCCCAGAGAGCUGCCUUCUGAAGAGAGAGCCCAGAAUGUCACCCGGCUCCUACGAAAGCAGGCUGAGGAGGUCAAUACUGAGUGGGAAAAAUUGAACCUGCACUCCGCUGACUGGCAGAGAAAAAUAGAUGAGGCCCUUGAAAGACUUCAGGAACUUCAAGAGGCAACAGAUGAGCUGGACCUUAAGCUGCGCCAAGCUGAGGUGAUCAAGGGAUCCUGGCAGCCGGUGGGUGAUCUCCUCAUUGACUCUCUCCAAGAUCACCUCGAAAAAGUCAAGGCACUUCGAGGAGAAAUUGCACCUCUUAAAGAGAAGGUAGGCCACGUCAAUGACCUUGCUCGCCAACUCACUACGUUGGGCAUUCAGCUCUCACCAUAUAACCUCACCACUCUGGAAGACCUGAACACCAGAUGGAAGCUUCUGCAGGUGGCUGUCGAAGACCGUGUCAGGCAGCUGCAUGAAGCCCACAGGGACUUUGGCCCAGCGUCCCAGCAUUUCCUUUCCACUUCUGUCCAGGGUCCCUGGGAGAGAGCCAUCUCACCAAACAAAGUGCCCUACUAUAUCAACCACGAGACCCAAACAACUUGCUGGGACCAUCCCAAAAUGACAGAGCUCUACCAGUCUUUAGCUGACCUGAAUAAUGUCAGGUUCUCAGCUUAUAGGACUGCCAUGAAACUCCGAAGACUGCAGAAGGCCCUUUGCUUGGAUCUCUUGAGCCUGUCAGCUGCAUGCGAUGCCUUGGACCAGCACAACCUCAAGCAAAAUGACCAGCCCAUGGAUAUCCUGCAGAUCAUUAAUUGUUUGACCACUAUUUAUGAUCGCCUGGAGCAAGAGCACAACAAUUUGGUCAACGUCCCUCUCUGCGUGGAUAUGUGUCUCAACUGGCUGCUGAAUGUUUAUGAUACGGGACGAACAGGAAGGAUCCGUGUCCUGUCUUUUAAAACUGGCAUCAUUUCUCUGUGUAAAGCACAUUUGGAAGACAAGUACAGAUACCUUUUCAAGCAAGUGGCAAGUUCAACAGGAUUUUGUGACCAGCGCAGGCUGGGCCUUCUUCUGCAUGAUUCUAUUCAAAUCCCAAGACAGUUGGGUGAAGUUGCAUCCUUUGGGGGCAGUAACAUUGAGCCGAGCGUCAGGAGCUGCUUCCAAUUUGCUAAUAAUAAGCCCGAGAUUGAAGCAGCCCUCUUCCUAGACUGGAUGAGACUGGAACCCCAGUCUAUGGUGUGGCUGCCCGUCCUGCACAGAGUGGCUGCUGCAGAAACUGCCAAGCAUCAAGCCAAGUGUAAUAUCUGCAAGGAGUGUCCAAUCAUUGGAUUCAGGUACAGAAGUCUGAAGCACUUUAAUUAUGACAUCUGCCAAAGCUGCUUCUUUUCUGGUCGAGUUGCAAAAGGUCAUAAAAUGCACUAUCCCAUGGUGGAAUAUUGUACUCCGACUACAUCAGGAGAAGAUGUUCGAGACUUUGCCAAGGUACUAAAAAACAAAUUUCGAACCAAAAGGUAUUUUGCGAAGCAUCCCCGAAUGGGCUACCUGCCAGUGCAGACUGUCUUAGAGGGGGACAACAUGGAAACUCCCGUUACUCUGAUCAACUUCUGGCCGGUAGAUUCUGCGCCUGCCUCGUCCCCUCAGCUUUCACACGAUGAUACUCAUUCACGCAUUGAGCAUUAUGCUAGCAGGCUAGCAGAAAUGGAAAACAGCAAUGGAUCUUAUCUAAAUGAUAGCAUCUCUCCUAAUGAGAGCAUAGAUGAUGAACAUUUGUUAAUCCAGCAUUACUGCCAAAGUUUGAACCAGGACUCCCCCCUGAGCCAGCCUCGUAGUCCUGCCCAGAUCUUGAUUUCCUUAGAGAGUGAGGAAAGAGGGGAGCUAGAGAGAAUCCUAGCAGAUCUUGAGGAAGAAAACAGGAAUCUGCAAGCAGAAUAUGAUCGUCUAAAGCAGCAGCAUGAACAUAAAGGCCUGUCCCCACUGCCGUCCCCUCCUGAAAUGAUGCCCACCUCUCCCCAGAGUCCACGGGAUGCUGAGCUCAUUGCAGAGGCCAAGCUACUGCGUCAACACAAAGGCCGCCUGGAAGCCAGGAUGCAAAUCCUGGAAGACCACAAUAAACAGCUGGAGUCACAGUUACAUAGGCUAAGACAGCUGCUGGAGCAACCCCAGGCAGAAGCCAAGGUGAAUGGUACAACGGUGUCCUCUCCUUCUACCUCUCUACAGAGGUCAGACAGCAGUCAGCCCAUGCUGCUCCGAGUGGUUGGCAGUCAAACUUCAGAAUCCAUGGGUGAGGAAGAUCUUCUCAGUCCUCCUCAAGACACAAGCACAGGGUUAGAGGAGGUGAUGGAGCAACUCAACAACUCCUUCCCUAGUUCGAGAGGAAGAAAUACCCCUGGAAAGCCAAUGAGAGAGGACACAAUGUAGGAAGCCUUUUCCACAUGGCAGAUGAUUUGGGCAGAGCGAUGGAGUCCUUAGUUUCAGUCAUGACAGAUGAAGAAGGAGCAGAAUAAAUGUUUUACAACUCCUGAUUCCCGCAUGGUUUUUAUAAUAUUCAUACAACAAAGAGGAUUAGACAGUAAGAGUUUACAAGAAAUAAAAUCUAUAUUUUUGUGAAGGGUAGUGGUACUAUACUGUAGAUUUCAGUAGUUUCUAAGUCUGUUAUUGUUUUGUUAACAAUGGCAGGUUUUACACGUCUAUGCAAUUGUACAAAAAAAGUUAUAAGAAAACUACAUGUAAAAUCUUGAUAGCUAAAUAACUUGCCAUUUCUUUAUAUGGAACGCAUUUUGGGUUGUUUAAAAAUUUAUAACAGUUAUAAAGAAAGAUUGUAAACUAAAGUGUGCUUUAUAAAAAAAAGUUGUUUAUAAAAACCCCUAAAAACAAACACAUACACACACAUACACACACACACAUACACACACAAACACACACAAACUUUGAGGCAAGCGCAUUGUUUUGCAUCCUUUUAGCGUGAUAUCCAUAUGAAAUUCAUUUUUUUGUUGCAUAUUAAAGAUAGGACUUUCUCUAACACCACCAAAUGACUAGUUUGCAUUGCUCUUUUGGGAAUUGUUGAUUGAGUGGGGCUGGCUGUGGGUUUUCAUUUUAUACAUCUAUAUGUCUAUAAGUAUAUAAAUACUAUAGGUAUAUAGAUAACUAGAUAAGAAUUUCUGUAGACCUUUUAAAUUCCUUCUUCAGAUGUUCCUGCCACUGUCUUAUGGAAAAAAAAUUUCUUGUAGUUAUCCAGGCUUACCUGCUUGGUCUAGAGUGAAAUUUUCCCUGGAGCCUGAAGCCAGGAGGAAACUACCACACUAAAACAUUGUCUAGGGCUCCAGAUGUUUCUCAUUUUAAACUUUCCACUGACAACUAGAGUAUUGAAUUUUUUUUUAACAGGAACGUGAAUGAAUACACAGGACUUAUUAUAUCAGAGUAAUCUGUUGGUUGAUAAUAUUCAGCUUCCUGCUGCUGGCAAUGCCAUGAUUUAGAUUUAAUGAUGCUUUGGUGGAAAUCAGAGAAUCAGAAGAUAUUUUUAACUCUCGAGUGGUAGGACAACAAUGGUAAGACUAGAGGGCUAUGAAUUCCCAGCCAAUCCCUGUGAGGAAACAGGCUACUCUUGAAGUAGAGGAUUGGAUGAAUGUUCAUAACCAUACCAUAGAGAUCUCUAUAAUUACAACUAAAUGAUUCUGCCGCCUUCUCACUGUCAAAAGGAAGUAGGUGGUUUGGUUUUUGUUGUUUUAGAUUUUUUUUCCCCAUCGCAAUGAGUUUUUAAAUGCCACAAGACUUAAUUUAAAAUAACCCUUAGGAAAAUAUGUGUAAGAUGGUAGCCCCAUUACAUUGUGAUAUGAUAAAUAUCAACCCAGAAGCCCAUGAGCUGUGUUUCCCUCCUUUGCAUUUCUCUGCAAAUAAUACCACACAGGUUUGUAAGUAGGAAGGCAAAUUGAUUCCAGUGUUCCAAAAGCAAAAGCUACUCCAAACCCUUUUUGUUGGAUUAGGCAGGUUCAUUAAAUAUAUACACAAACAAAAAUUGUUUGAAAAGAGGAGAAAAACUCAAGAGGAAAAGCUAAGGACUGGUAGGAAAAAGCUUUACUCUUUCAUGUCAUUUUAUUACUCUUUGAUUUUUUUUUAAUCAUUCAUUCUGUAGAAAUCACCACGUGACCUAUUCUUUUGCAAAUCUGUUACCUCUGACAUCAAGUGUAAUUAACUUUUCAAGAGUGGGUUUUGUCCAUUAUUUUCUUAAUGGUAAUUAACAUCAAACACAGCUUCUCAUGCUAUUUCUACCUCACUUUGGUUUUGGGGUGUUCCUGAUAGUUGUGCACACCUGAUUUCACAGCUUCACCACUUGUCUAUUGCAUGAACAUUUUUCUCCAUUUUCUUUUUCCUUUAUAAUUUCCAAAAGAAAACCCAAAGCUCUAAGGUAACAAAUUACAUGAAGAUUUGGUUUUUAGUCUUGCAUUUUUUUUCCUUUAUGUAACGCUGUACCUUUUCUUUACCCAAGGAUUUUUUUUUUAACCAAGAUUUAAAACAAGGGGUUACUUUAUAUCCUACUAAGAAGUUUAAGUUUCAUUCUAAAAUCAGAGGUAAAUAGAGUGCAUAAUUUUGUUUUAAUCUUUUUGUUUUGAUUUAUCUUUUAGACAUUAGUUCUGGAGUGAGUCUGUCAAAAUAUUUGAAUAAAAACUGAGAGCUUUAUUGCUGCGUUUUAAGCAUAAUUUGGACAUUAUUUCGUGUUGUUUAUAACCACCAAGUAUUAAACUGUAAAUCAUAAUCAAUGUAACUGAAGCAUAAACAUCACAUGGCAUGUUAUGUCAUUGUUUUCAGGUACUGGGUUCUUACUUGAGUAUCAUAAUAUAUUGUGUUUUAACACCAACACUGUAACAUUUACUAAUUAUUUUUUUAAACUUCAGUUUUACUGCAUUUUCACAACAUAUCAGACUUCACCAAAUAUAUGCCUUACUAUUGUAUUAUAUUACUGCUUUACUGUGUAUCUCAAUAAAGCACGCAGUUAUGUUAC